CUAUAUUUUAAAAAUUUUCUAAAAAUGAGAAUAAUUGCUUUGAUAUGUAUGCUCUUCGGCGUUUUCGCCUUGUCGUACGCGGCAAGCACCACUUGGGGUGCUCGCACUGACGAUAGUGCCGUUAUACUUUCGAAAAAACUCCUUCUGGCACCAAUAAAAAAUAAGCAUCAGAUUGCUGUAUUCGACAUACCCGUAGCGAAUUCCAGUAACAGCAAAAUAAUUACUUCGAUUUACUUGCAAGAUCAAUUCAAAAAUAGCUCCGGCCCAAUAAAUACUUUGCUCUAUGGUGGUGUCGGUUUAACGUAUGCUUCUCUAGAAGUAAGAACUUUGCGCGGCGCUGGUCUGAAUGUUACUUGCAUCGUUUAUGGCAAAUAAAUUUGAAAAUGUCUUGUAGGCAAACUUUUCUUCUGGAUAUUUAUGUAAAUUUUAAAUAAACACUUUUGCAUGUC